AUUGUAACAUAUAUGUAUACAUAUUAUAAAUAGAGGCAGAUACAUGUAACCUCCCUAAAGGAGCAUUGGUAUCUCAAAAUAUAUUUGCCAUCUCUCUCUCUCUCUCAUCACUAUUCGUCAUCUCUUUCUCUUUCUUUCAAAUGUCAAUAAACCAAUACUCAAGCGAUUUCCACUACCAUUCUCUCAUGUGGCAACAACAGCAGCAGCAACACCACCACCAAAACGACGUCGUGGAGGAAAAAGAAGCUCUUUUCGAGAAACCCUUAACCCCAAGCGACGUCGGAAAACUCAACCGCCUUGUUAUCCCAAAACAGCAUGCCGAGAGAUACUUCCCACUCGCCGCCGCCGCGGCAGACGCGGUGGAGAAGGGUCUUCUCCUCUGCUUCGAGGACGAGGAAGGUAAGCCAUGGAGAUUCAGAUACUCUUAUUGGAACAGUAGUCAGAGUUACGUCUUGACCAAAGGAUGGAGCAGAUACGUCAAGGAGAAGCAUCUUGACGCCGGCGACGUUGUUCUCUUCCAUCGUCACCGUGCUGACGGAAGAAGAUUCUUCAUUGGCUGGAGAAGACGCGGCGACUCUUCCUCCUCCUCCGAAUCUUAUCGCCAUCUUCAAUCCAAUGCCUCGCUCCAUUAUCCUCAUGCAGGGGCUCAAGCGGGAGAGAGCCAGAGAGGGAACUCGAAGACAUUGAGACUGUUCGGAGUGAACAUGGAGUGCCAGCUAGACUCAGACUGGUCCGAGCCAUCCACACCUGACGGUUUUACCACCUGUCCAACCAGUCACGACCAGUUUCAUUUCUACCCACAACAACACUAUCCUCCUCCGUACUUCAUGGACAUAAGUUUCACAGGAGAUGUACACCAGACGAGAAGCACACAAGAAUAAUAAUUAAAAAAUCAAACACUUCACUUCUGGUCCCUGUCAUGUUGUUUUAGAUGCUGAUCCCUUAAUUUUACAACCUUCAUUUUGUAUCAUUUAAAGUAAAUCGUAUUAAUUCUUCUUUUGACCUUU